AUGCACGUCGGCGCACUCUUGGCCCCGUUUUACUUCACCUGGGGCGCGUUUAAGUGCUUUUUGGCGAUGUACUUCAUCACCGGUUGCCUCGGGAUCACGCUGAGCUAUCACCGUCAGUUGUCGCACAAGUCGUUCCGCACGCCCAAGUGGCUCGAGUACGUCUUGGCGUACUGCGGCGUCCUCGCCGUGCAAGGCGACCCGUUGGAGUGGGCGUCGAGCCAUCGUCACCACCACCAGCACACGGACACGCCGAAGGAUCCGCACACGCCGUACGAAGGCUUCUGGUGGUCGCACAUGGGUUGGCUGUUGGAUAACGAGGCGACAAUCGAGCGCGUGGGGGAUCGUUCGAACGCGCAGGAGAUGGCGGCGCAACCGUUCUAUCGUUUCAUGGAGAAGACGUACAUGUGGCACAUUCUCGCGUCUGCCGUCGCUUUGUUCGCCAUCGGUGGCAUGCCGUGGCUCGUUUGGGGUUUCUGCGUUCGAACCGUGUGGGUGUAUCACAUAACCUGGGCGGUGAACUCGGUGUCCCACUGCUGGGGCUCUCAGGAGUUUAACACGGGCGACCUGUCCCGAAACAACUGGCCCAUAGGUAUCCUGGCGUUCGGUGAGGGCUGGCAUAAUAACCACCACGCGUUCGAGUUCAGCGCGCGCCACGGUUUGCGUUGGUGGCAAAUCGACAUGACUUGGAUGAUGAUUUGCUUGUUGAAGUUCCUCCGCCUGGCUGACAAGGUGAAGUUACCCAAGGAGGCGCAGAUGGAGCGCAUGCGUUUCGAGCCGACGCGGGCCUAA